AUGGCGCCGUCCUUCCUCACUGUUCAUUUCGAUGACCAGAAUCCAAACUCUGAAAAGGGAAAAGAGGCUGGUGCGAGGAGAUCUCUCGCUGGUCUUGAUUACUCGCCUUUGCCUCGCAUCACGCCCCGAUCUUUUCUCCUAGCUACAUUUGUCUCUAUGGGUGGUCUUCUCUUUGGCUAUGAUACAGGUCAAAUCUCAGGCUUCCUCGAGAUGCCAGACUUUCUCGACCGUUUCGCCCAGACAAACAGCAAGGGAGAAAAAGCAUUUAGCACCGUCCGCUCGGGUCUCAUCGUCGCGCUCCUCUCCAUCGGCACGCUCAUGGGCGCACUCAUCGCAGCGCCUGUGGCAGACCGCAUUGGUAGAAAGUACAGUAUCUCCGGCUGGACGUGGAUGAUUGCUAUUGGCUUCGUCAUCCAGAUUUCCUCAGACAGGGAUUGGGUACAGAUCAUGAUGGGCCGAUGGGUCGCUGGUCUCGGAGUCGGCGCUUUGUCUCUGCUCGUUCCUAUGUUCCAGGGCGAGACUGCACCGCCGUGGAUUCGAGGCGCAAUGGUUUGCUGCUAUCAGCUCUUUAUUACGAUGGGUAUUUUCUUGGCUGCGUGCUUCAACUACGGCACUGUAACGCACCAUCCCAACAGCUCAGCCUGCUGGCGCAUCGUCAUCGGCGUCGGCUGGGUCUUCACCCUCAUUCUCGGCAUUGGAAUCCUCUUCCUCCCCGACACGCCCCGUUUCGACUACCGCAACGGCAGAGUCGAUCGUGCGCGCGACACGCUCUGCAAAGUCUACGGCGCGACGCCAAAUCACUGGGCGAUCCAUACCCAAAUGGAAGAGAUCGAGUCCAAGCUCCGCGCCGAGAGCCACGUCAAGCAGAACCCCGUGCAGGAAUUCGUCGGCAUGUUUAAGGCGCCCCGCAUGGCUUAUCGUAUCUUUAUCGGAAUGUCGCUUCAGAUGUUUCAGCAGCUCACUGGUGCGAAUUACUUCUUUUAUUACGGAACUACAAUCUUUCAGUCUGUGUCUAUCAACAGCUACAAGACGCAGAUUAUUCUGAACACGAUUAAUUUCCUGGUUACGUUUAUUGGAUUGUAUAUCGUUGAGCACUAUGGUCGGCGCAAGUCGCUUAUUGCGGGAAGUACUUGGAUGUUUAUCUGCUUCCUUGUCUUUGCAUCUGUUGGUCAUUUCUCUCUUAAUCGUGAUGAUCCUACCAAGACGCAGGGUGCGGGUAUUGCUAUGAUUGUCUUUGCAUGUCUCUUCAUUCUGGGCUUCGCUACCACUUGGGGUCCUAUGAUUUGGACCAUCAUGGCUGAGAUCUUCCCCUCGCGAUAUCGCGCCAAGGGCAUGGCUCUCUCGACAGCUAGCAACUGGCUCUGGAAUUUCCUCCUCGCUUUCUUCACGCCUUUCAUCACGAAAGACAUCGACUUCCGCUACGGAUACGUCUUUGCGGGAUGUAACGUCCUCGGUGGUCUGCUCGUCUACUUCUUCGUCAUCGAAGGACAGGGACGUACUCUUGAGGAGAUUGAUACCAUGUAUCUGGAGAAGGUGAACCCUAUCAAGAGUGCCAAGUGGGUUCCUCCCCCUCCUGAGGAGAUGGCAAGGAUUAGGAAGCAGGCUGGUACGGAUCUCGAGACUGCUGUUCCUGCGGCGUCGAGUGAUGAUGAGACGCUUGCCAGGCCAUCGGGUGUCACUGAUGGUGGAUUGGGACAUUAUAAGGAGGAGCAUGCUGGAACUACGCACCGAGAGUCUUACGAGGAGAUUUACUCGUCAUCACCGCUUGCGACCAACAUCAUCAACGAUCUGUACCCCGAACUCGAUCAAUAUGUGUCAGAAGUCAAGCUACGAAAAGCGGUGCGAAGACUGCAACUCGAGAGUCAUCAUCCACGUGGUGACCCAUCAAGUAUGCAACGGCAAGCCCCCACCAGAGCGGAUGAGAGUGUCUGGGAAAGUCUCGAGUACUUGCCCAAGCGAAGUUUUGAAGACGAUGAACUGCCAUAUGACUCACCCGAGUCGACCGAUUCACCUGCUUCCAGCGAUAGCGAGCCUUAUUCCCUUCCAGUGUUAAAUAAGGGGAAGGGUAAAGCGGUCGCGACAAUCGAAAUGGAGGAUGUACCAUCUGAGGCUACUAGGUCCUCACCGUUCCUUGGAGCGUCAGAACCUACCAGGUCUUCUCCGUUUCUUGGAGCUUCAGAAUUUACAAGCUCUCCUCCGCUCCCUGCAGCGGAUCGAUGGGGGACCCAAGAUACAGAUUCUGAUGUUGAGAUAGAGGAUAGGGAGAGCAGUGAGGUGCGGGACGCGCAAACGAGCGCUGGCGUGCCGACUGCAAGAGGCUUGACUCUUGUACCAUUAUCUCGAUUCUACGCCUGGAGUGACCGACUGUGA